AUGAGCGAUGCCGAGAUCCAGAGCCAGAUCAACGGGCUCGCGGAAAAGUACGGCGUCAACCAACGCCGGCUCAUGAUGAAGGUCGAUCUGUGUGUGAUUCCUACCAUCUGUCUGCUCUACAUCCUGGCCUUCCUCGACCGAGUCAACAUCUCCAACGCCAACGUCUACGGCAUGAGUGCAGAUUUGGGUCUUAAGGGCAACCACUUCAAUGUCGCUCUUGCUAUUUUCUUUGUUCCCUACGUGGUUGCCGAAAUACCCAGUAACUGGCUCAUGAAGAAAACCAGCCCUCACGUGUGGCUGCCAGGAUGCAUGGUGCUGUUUGGUUGCACUCUUCUAGGCCAAGGAUUUGUCAAAAACUACGGCCAGAUUCUCGCCACCCGUUUUCUGCUCGGUCUCUUCGAGGCAGGAAUGUUCCCCGGAUGCUUCUAUCUCAUUUCCAUGUGGUACCGCCGAGAAGAAUCGCAGAAACGAUACUCCUUCUUUUUCUCCUCCACCUGUCUGGCCGGAGCGUUUGGAGGUCUUAUUGCAGCCGGUAUUCACAACCUUGAUGGCCAUCGAGGCAUCGAAGCUUGGAGAUGGAUCUUCAUCAUUGAGGGAGCCUGCACCGCCUUCAUCGCCAUGCUCAUGUACUUCGUCAUUUCCGACUUCCCGGAGGACGCCAAGUUUUUGUCUGAGAACGAGCGACAGUUCAUGAAGGAAAAGCUGGCUGUUGGCACCGUGGGAGGCUCCGAAUACGACCGAGGUAUGUCCCUCAAGGACCUCAAGUUUGUCUUCACCGACUGGAAGAUCUGGAUGUCGGGAAUGAUGUACUUUGGUCUGGUGGUGCCCGCCUACGGAUACGCCUACUUUGGAACCGCCAUCGUCAAGACUCUAGGCUACUCGGAGAUCAAGACACAGUUCUACUCUGUGCCCCCCUGGGUCGCGGCAUUUGGACUGUCCAUGGGAGCCGCCAUUUUCUCUGAUCGGUUCAGACACAGAUUCUGGUUUGUCAUUGGAUCUUGUAUCGUCUGUGUGGCCGGCUUUGGUCUCAUUAUGGGAGAACACCACAAGAUUGGAACCCGAUACGGAGCCCUGUUCAUGAUCUGCGCAGGAGCAUACACUUGCAUGCCCAUGCUUGUGUGCUGGACCCAAAUGAACUUUUCAGGACAUCACCGACGAGCCAUUGCUUCGGGAUGGCAGAUUGGAUUCGGAAACAUUGCUGGUUUCAUCUCCACCUUUGUCUUCAAGACUGAAGACGCUCCUUUCUACAUGACCGGUCUCGGGUGCUGUAUUGCCUUUACUGCUCUGUCCGGAAUCCUCUCUGUUGUCUACUACUUUGGUCUGAGAGCUGCCAACAAGAAGAAGCAGAGCCCCGACUACGCUGUGGAAUUCUCACAGUGGCCUGAGGAUAAACAGAGAAUGGCCGGAGAGCUUCAUCCAAGCAUUUUCUACACUUACUAA